AUGAACGACAAGAUCUUUAACGGAAAAGAAAUUUCCCCGGUAGAUACCUUAAUCCAGGCAAAGAUUGAAGCAGAAAGCUGGAGGAGUGCAAACAAACCGGAAGUAGACGAGGACGCAAUAGACGAGAUUACUCCCAUUCCUCUAACUCCGUUAUCUCUACCUGAUGCUCAGAGGUUCCCGAUCUGCCAGGUCGAUGCAUCUUGGAUAGAGAACGGCCUAGUGAGUGGGCUCAGGUGGAGUCUUAGGAAGGAUAGGAGUGAAGAGAUCUUUGGCCUUCAGGGCUGUCGGAGAAGCCUUUCGGCCCUUCAUGCCGAAUUGGAGAGCCUCUUAUGGGCAAUGUCUUGCGCGAGAGAUAGACAUAUUAUAUCCGUCCACUUUCAGACCGACUGCUUGGAUCUGGUAAGCAUGGCAGAAUCUCCAUCAGACUGGUCAUCCUUCCUUUCAGAGUUGGAAAUCUUUCGGACAUUACGAGAAAGCUUUUUGGACUUCACUCUCUCCCAUAUCUCCAGGAGUUCAAAUGUCUGA